AUGGAUCCAAAUCCUCGGGCAGCCCUGGAGCGCCAGCAGCUCCGCCUUCGAGAACGGCAGAAAUUCUUCGAGGACAUUUUACAGCCAGAGACAGAAUUUGUCUUCCCACUGUCCCACCUGCAUCUUGAGUCACAAAGACCCCCCAUAGGUAGUAUCUCAUCCAUGGAAGUGAAUGUGGACACAUUGGAGCAAGUAGAACUUAUUGAUCUUGGGGAUCAGGAUGGAGCAGAUGUGUUCUUACCCUGUGAAGAUCCUCCACCAACCCCCCAGACAUCAGGAGUGGGUGACCAUGCAGAGGAGCUGAGCCUACCAGUGCCCACGCCAGACAGGACCACAUCCCGGACCUCCUCCUUGUCCUCUGACUCCUCCACCAACAUGCGCAGUCCAAAUCCUAGUGACGGUGGAGCAGAUACACCCUUGGCACAGUCCGAUGAGGAAGAGGAGGACAGGAGUGAUGGAGGGGCAGAGACCAGAACCUGCAGCUAGCAGUGGGUCCCUCCUGCAGACGGACACAGCUGGCUGUUCUCCCUGUGAGACCCGAGGCCAGCCAGAGCACUCUGAGAGAAGACCACACACUAGCAGUUGGCACUGGGAAAGGAGAAUGGGGGGAUAUUGUAUCUUUCUGGGAAUUAACCUCCUUCUGCUUUAUUGCUAACCUUUUCUUGCGGCAACCCUCCCACCAGUUUUGGUUUAUUCCUGAGGUAGGACUUGCAACUGAGUAGAUGGAAGAUGAGAUAGGACAAGAUGCACUUCUCUUCUUAGCGUUCCUCCCUCCUCCAAACUGUCCUGUAGUCUUCCAGUAGCGUUUCCUCAACCAGUGUCUCUCAGUGGACAUGAACUUAGCACUCUAAAUGAGGUGUGUGCUACUCCAGCUAUCCUGCCUCCUUGUUUUUUUUGACAGGGCACGGUAUAAAUAAUAAAUAAUAAUAUACCAACCA